AUGGCUUUCCCACUGGAGGCGAGACUCAUGAAUCUCAAGCUACUUGGACCUUGCUCCAACUGCGGUGAACCAGCAUACAUAUUCUGCCCGGAAUGCGGAAUGGCGCCCGAGUACCAACCUGGUGAUAAAUCCGACACCUACUAUUGUGACCCUGAGUGUCAAUACCUGGAUGGAACUUAUCACAAACCCCUCUGUGACCUCCGUAGAAAGAUAUGCGCGGCGGAACUAGUCUCAUUGUUUGCGCGCGAGGUCUUCGAAUGGUAUCGAACGUGCGUUUAUAUGCAUCCUCUAACUUCAAUUGGGGCUUGCUGGGACCAAAGCACGGGUUUCCCUGACGUUGCCGUCCUUCAUCUUGAUUUUACCGGGGAUCUACACCACCCGUGGAGUCGCGAAUUCCCAUCGCACAAGGGUUUCAGUUUCGAGUUCAACCAGGUUGCCGUGUUGGCUUUCCAAAGCCUACCUGCCGCAGCUCUUUUGGGCCGCAUGAUUCGUCAUCUUCUUGAAGGAGUUGUCACCGGAGACAUCAAGUUUGCCCAGGUGGAUCACAAGAAGCGAGAUUUCGACCUCGUUUUUGACAUUGACGACGACACUGAGCCUACCAGAAACAUUCCACUCGAGCCACACCACACCGUUCUCAUCUUUCAACUAGGCGAGGAGCGAUGGGUUAUGGAUAUCACCGGAUGCCAAUUUGGAAUUGAAGAAACAAUUGUACCUUAUCAUCAGUACUUCCGAGAAGGUCGCUGCGAGAUCAUUGGUGAGCUAAAGCCGUACACCAUGACCGAGACCACCGAUCUCGACAAACCCGAGGACUUCACGUAUGCACAACGUAUUUUGCCUGAGACCAAGCUUAGCAAGCAUCAGGGCAUGCAUGAGCGAGCCGCUCGCCUUCAUUUAAAAUCAUUCAUCGAUGCUCACUUUUUCAACGAGACAGGCCCCGACUUCAACAAGGAUUUUCUUCCUUCCCUGAUGGAGAAGGGCAAUGCCGUCAUCAAACCCUUCGUUGCCGACCUACGAUCGCAUAUGAGGGAGUUUUCGGACGACAAGCGUGGCAGGAUUGAUCCGAGCGACACGAGAGACUUGGCUGAUAUUGAAGAUUGGCAUGAGGUAAUUUCGGAGGAUUAA